CAGCUGGGAGAUCGUUGAAGGUUUGCGUGGUGGUCAUUCCAAUGUUCAGGAGCCAGAGAAGCAGGCCGGCUUCAUGCUCAAGAAAAGAAAAUGGCCCAUGAAAGGUUGGCACAAGAGAUAUUUCUACCUGGACAAGGGCAUUUUGAAGUACGCCAAAUGCGCAGCUGAUGUUGAGAAAGGAAAGCUCCACGGCUGCAUUGACGUUGGGCUGUCCGUCAUGGCCAUUAAGAAGAAAGCCAAGUGCAUUGAUCUGGACACUGAAGAAAACAUUUAUCACUUGAAGAUUAAAUCCCAGGAGCUCUUUGAUGAAUGGGUCUCUAAACUUCGUCACCACAGACUUUACAGGCAGAAUGAGAUUGCCAUGUUCCCUCAUGAGAAAACGCUCUUCCACCCUCAUUACCCCCUCACCUCCUCCCCCACGAUACCUGACAGUCAGGCCAUCAGAAAGCGUGCCUCUCUUGCAAAGCAGUCUUCUCUCCACUCACCUGCACCAUUUACCAGCCAGGCCAAGGUGACCGCCUGGCUCCAGUCUUCAGACGACAUGGACAGGUGCACCAAAGAACUGUCUGUAUGCGAGGCUCAGUUGCUGGAACUAAAUCACUUGUUAAGAAGUAUGGAGGUGUUACACCGUACAUACUCCGCCCCAGCCAUCAACGCUCUGCAGGCUUCAACAUAUGACAGCCCCAAAAAAGAGAAGAGGCAUCCCAGAAAAUGGCGUCCUAAGAAUUACGGCAAAGACAACAAAACAACCCUGCAGGUUCCAAGCUGUAUGUCGGCAGGCUCUGUACGUCUCCAUGCAUCCAAUCCCAACCUCUCUUCAGUAGACCUGACCACUGAGAAGACCUAUCAUGAACCUCUGGACUCUCCUAUAGACGUAUCCAAACUACAGGAAGAUUUCUGCCGAGUUGCAAACAACCUUCAUACAACCAUGAAAUCAGCGCUGUGUAUGCUGACUACAGAGAAGGAGAGAGUUAAACAGAUGCUGGAGCACGAGCCUUGUCCGUCACCGUCAGCUCAGCUUCUGGGACUGAAGAACGCUCUGACUGCAGCUGUAGCGCAGAACGCUGAGCUGAGAGAGCGACUGUGCAAGAUUCAUGCAGAGUCGCACAUCUCUGAGCCCACUGUGCACAUAAACCUCAGCCCUGGCCCCCUGCAGAAGCAAGACUCCAGCGAUUGUUCCCGCCCCCUUGUCCACCAGGCGUCCAAUGAGAGCAGAGCUUCCAUUUCAGAGUCACUGUCAGAGUUCUUUGAUGCACAGGAAGUGCUGCUGUCAGCGAGUUCUUCAGAAAAUGAGCCUUCAGAAGAUGACUCAUAUAUCAGUGACAUCAGUGACAAUGUGUCCAUGGACAACUUCAGCAACGAGGCAGAGAAUGAGAGACUCAAUACAGGUUUAGUGAAUGGUGGUUCUCAAGAGCAGCGGCGGUCCUGUCUUCCCUCCCCCAGUCCCAAUACCAGCAACAUCAGUCUGUGGAACAUUCUGAAGAACAACAUCGGGAAAGACCUGUCAAAAGUAGCCAUGCCUGUUCAGCUAAACGAGCCACUCAACACACUGCAAAGACUGUGUGAGGAACUGGAGUACAGCGAACUGCUGGACAAGGCUGCGCACACACAGGACCCAUUUGAACGUAUGGUUUACAUCGCUACAUUCGCCGUGUCUGGCUAUGCUUCCAGUUAUUACAGAGCAGGAGGAAAACCCUUUAAUCCAGUGUUGGGUGAAACCUAUGAGUGUGAUCGUCCUGACAAAGGCUUUCGUUUUGUCGCUGAGCAGGUCAGCCAUCACCCCCCCAUAUCAUCAUGUCAUGCCGAAUCUAAAAACUUCAUCUUUUGGCAAGACGUGAGGUGGAGGAAUAAGUUCUGGGGAAAGUCCAUGGAGAUUGUACCUGUAGGAUCCACUCAUGUGGUUCUCCCUGGCUUUGGAGAUCACUAUGAGUGGAAUAAGGUGACUUCGUGUAUCCACAACAUUCUGAGUGGGCAGCGCUGGAUUGAGCACUAUGGCGAAAUUUCCAUCAAAAACUCCAACAGCGAGAAAUGCCAGUGCAAAGUCACCUUCAUCAAGGCCAAAUACUGGAACUCCAGUAUGAAUGAGGUGGAGGGAUCUGUCACAGACCACAAAGGCAAAGUCGUGCACAAGCUGUUUGGGAAAUGGCAUGAGGGCAUGUACUGCGGCAGCCCACCCUCUGCUACCUGCAUCUGGAGGACAAAUCCCAUGCCUCCUGAAUUUGAUCAGUACUACGGUUUUACAAAGUUUGCUAUGGAGCUCAAUGAGCUCGACCCUCUUACCAAAUCACUUCUUCCACCCACAGACACCAGACUACGACUUGAUCAGAGGUUAUUAGAGGAAGGCAAUGUUGAAUCUGCAGAGGUGCAGAAGCAGAGGAUUGAACAGCUCCAGCGAGAACGACGCAGAGUCUUGGAGGAAAACAACAUGACACAUCAACCUCGAUUCUUCCAGAAGUCCAAAGAUGACACCUGGGUGAGCAACAACACCUACUGGGACUUACGGAAAGAUCCUGGAUUCUCUAACCUCGACUGUCCGGUCCUCUGGUAAUGCAGAGCAAGCCAAUGUGCGUCUGUUCUGCCUGCUUUUAUCUUUCUUGGCUAACGUUACAGCUUCAAGAGACAGAACGCCCUUAAAAGUGAGGUACAAGGGACUGAUGGCCACAGACAUACAAUCUGAUCAUUUCUUAUUACUCUUUAUUUAAUGUCCCAGCAGUUCAGUUGCCUUAACAUGCUAACAUUAUGUUGUAGUUUUAUUUAUGCAAAUGGAUCCCUCGUAUAUAUGAGACAUAUGCAAUCUUGGCUGAGUAAAAAGAUUUUGAUUUUGUUGAUGUGCACAAUAACGUAGCACAAGCAACCAACAAUAAAAACUGUUGGAUUGUGGUCCCUUGUGGCUAAAUGUAGAACUGCAGAUGGCUGCAGCCCAAAACAUUUUAUUUUGUAAAGAACUAUAUAUAUAUUAUGUUGAACAAAACUGUUCCGUCUACCUCUUAAAAUUAAUCUGUGGGGGAAUUUAGGAUGUAUAUUAGACUAUGAAUAUAAUACAUACAAUACAAUGCCUUAUAAAACAAUUAUAUAGAUACACUUUGCUAGAACUUGUAAUCGAUAUAUUGUCACAGAGUAUUGUAAUUUUACGAAUGCCUUUUAUUCUGAGACUCUUGAAUGAACACAAUGGUUAAGAUCCUCAAACAUAUUUAUAUUCAUCUUUAUUUAUUCACAAGACUGACAGAUGGCUCAACAGUACUCCAUAUUACCAUCACACACACACACACACACACACACACACACACACACAUACACACACACACACACACACACACAUAUAUGAGCCUGGCAGUAUUUUAAAGCUUCUUCCACACAGUUUGACCAGUAACCUGUGCUCAUUUCACUACGCACUAUGACACAUGUUGGGGGACCGGGGCACUUGGGUGUUGAUCGCUGCAGCGUUUCCUCUGUCCUUCAAUAAAGUCUCAUUUAAAA